AAUGCACUCGCAGAACCUCGUGCACACCUAAAACUUAGAGUGAGCUCGAGCUUAGACGCUAAACUAGCACUAAAGCCUCUUAUAAGACAAUCUACAAUUAACAACAUAUUCGUUCGUUUGGCACUAUGUGUGAGAAAAUGGUACAACCUAUUUCCACAGCUUUUGUGCCUUGCCAACUCUCUGCAUCGAAUUUACCGUUAGACAUGCCUUUUUCAGUGACUGGCGUGUAUAAAAGUCACAAAGUGUGUUUGCGAUCGUAGCUAUUUUGUUUUAGCCUUCUUUUAGAAUCCAAAUCCAAAUGAAAUCUGUACAAGCCUUUUUACUACUCACCCUGCUGGCGGUAGCAGUGACGGGCGACGACGAUCUCGAUACAAAGUGCGGGGAAAAUGAGGUGUGGGACGAUUGCGCAAGUUCUUGUCAGGAUAUAUGUUUUGAGCCACCGGCCGAACAUUGCGAUAAAAAGUGCAAUAUUGGUUGUUUCUGUGAGAAAGGAUACGUUCGCGAAUAUUUGGAUGGCGGUAAAUGCGUUCGCCCUGACACCUAUUUCCGUAUUAAUUGCAUCUGUGGAGAAGAAUACGAUCGUGAAUAUAAAGAUGAUGAAAAAUGCAUUCUACCUGAACACUGUAUAUUUACCUUCAGAUCCGAAAUCGGAAAUCUCCUUGCUUGAUUGUCUUAUUAUAAA